GGAUCGUUUAAACACAGCGAUAAAUCAAACAACUUAUCAAGGUCAAUCGAGUUGUUGCAACUUAUCAUUGUGUGUAAACGGUGCAUCGCACGACUUAUCAAAGUUGGAGUUGGGUUGAGGUUGGUAUCGGAUUGAAUCAACUUGGAUUGAAUCGUCGUGUCUAAACGGUACAGCGAUUUAUCAUUGGGGUUGGGUUACCGGAUUAGAAUUUAUUUACAUAUCCAAUUAAAUGUACAGGGUGAUUGAUUAGUGGGGUAAAGCUACGUAGAUCCGUUAUAGUAAUAGAUAGCAAUAAAAGUUAAUAACAAAAAUUGUAGUUAACUUUGAGAUUCACAUUUAUAAAAUUAAUUAGAAUGUUACAUAGGAUGUUCGAUAACAUAGUGGCAGACCAAAUUUAUUUUUUUUUAUUGGAAUACCCUCUAUUUUAUUUUAUAUUCAAAAUCUUCUUAACUUCGCCAUUACAAAUGUAUAAAGGAUUUUUAUGUUAUACAGGGUAUUUUACAAAGUUAUAACCAAUUUUAUAUGAAAAUUGUAACAAGUUAACUCAUUGUAUAAAUAAAAAUAAGCACAAAAGCAAUGGAUUAUUGAUGCCAUUUUUUUUAUUUAUUUGUGUUUUGUGUUUUAUUAGCACUGGUUUUUACAACCAACUGGCCAGUCAAUUUCAUAAUAAUUUGUUUUAGCCUAUAACUUAUUAUAUUACUAACUCAGGGGAGUAAUGUGUAGUGUGUGUGUUGAGUAAGUGUCUUGUUACUUUGCAAAGUCGACGUCAUUAUUGUCUUUGCAAAGAGACGCUAAUUGUAUCCGAACGUCUGCGGUCACUCCGGUGAGUACCGAGAUCCCACAAGGACAGCAACUAGUUUCAUUUAUGUAUUAAUUUAUAAUAAACGAAAAAUUUCUGACCCUGGUGAGAUUCGAACUCACGACCAUUCGGACCUUUCGAGCGCUCUUACCACUGAGCCACAGAGGGGGUCUUUACAAAUAUUAAAUGACGCAGAAUUGUCACCCAAUUUUAUAAAAAAAGUUCCAUAAACUACUAAUUUAUCGUUUUAUUUGGCACUGGUGGUAUUUUUAAAAGACUAAAAUAAAUUAUUGAAUAUCGAUACAAAUACGAUGAACACAAAUUCAAUAACCUGAAACUCUAAAAGCCUUUUCAUUACUAGUGUAUUCGUAAUUAUUUGCAGUCCCAGCUGUAGUUAAGUGGUGCAAUAAAACAAUAAACUUGGGUCUGGGCAUAUCAAUAUCUUGGGUGAGAAAAGAACGUGAAAUAUCACGUUUUGCCGUUUUGCCCAUAAAGGGAUUACAAAGUAAUGAUAUUUGGCCCACCUUUACUUGAUAGUAUUUUCAAUAUUUUCUGUCUGUGUUGUUGCGCGGUCAAAGAAAGACAGAGUUUCCGUUUCAGUCUAUCUUAGUUUUUAAAGGCGAAAUGGCAGAAGAAUUAAAACAACCUACUCCUCGAGAGUUUUUGACUGAGUUUAUUGAACUUUAUAGAAGUCAUACGUGUUUGUGGCUCGUUAAGAGCAAAGAUUACUCCGACAGAAAUAAAAGAGAUAUUGCAUAUGCUGAGCUCGUAAAAAAAUUCCAGGAGUUUGAUUCAUCGGCAGACCGAAAUAUCGUUAUCAAAAAAAUUAGUGCAUUACGUACGGUGUAUAAGAGAGAACUGUCAAAAGUUGUCAAAUCAGAAAAAUCCGGGACGGGCCAGGAUGAUGUGUAUAAACCUAGUUUGUGGUACUUCGACCUUCUGCAUUUUCUGAGAGACCAGGAAUCUGCAAGACCUAGUAGGAGUACCAUGAGUGAUGGCAAUCCAGAAACAGAACAAUAUGAGGAUUCAGAACAUAUGCAUCUACCCCAUUCCCAAGAAGGAGAGGUGGCUCUUCCAAUGUCAGGUGAUGAUAGAUGUAGCACGUCACCAUCACCAAACGCUAAGUCUAAAAAAAAAAGAUGCUGAGUUCGGCAGAUGAGGUGAUAGAGCUAGCGGGAGAGCGGCUAAAAAAUAUUCAUCCUGAUGAUGAGUUCGAAGCCUACGGAAAGUAUGUAGCCCAUAAGCUACGUUCCCUUAAACGAACCCAGGCCAUAUUCGCGAGAAAACUCAUAAAUGACGUGAUUUUUGAGGGGGAGCUUGAAACACUCUCCAAAGAUUAUAAAGUAAUGAACAGUCAGCCAUAUAACCCCCAACUUUACCACCAACAACCC